ACACAAAAAAUAAAAAUAAAAAUAAAAAUAGAACAAAUUUUGUUUCUUCGUCUCCUUCUCUCUGUCGUUUCGUUCCCAUCCAUCUUUGUUCUUUAUUUUGAAAUUACAAGAAGUAAACACACACAUAUAUAAAUAUUUAUAAGAAUAUAUGAUGGGUUUUCUUCACAAGCUUUGGGACGAAACGUUGGCCGGGCCCACACCGGAAACGGGUCUGGGCAAGCUCCGCAAGUACAACUCAUUCUCCGGCGGCGCCGCACUCCGGUUACCGAUGGCGGAGGAAAUUCCGAUAAGUCGCAGCAUCACCAUUGUUCGGACCCAGUCCGGUUUCAGAAGCACCACUACUCCUGAUCCUGCUUCUCCUUCUGUGCCUGUCACCCCUCGCACCCCUUUAACUUCGGAGACGCCAGGCAGUGAUUUCAAGAAGUUGACAGGGAGAAAAUCAUUAGCAGAAACUGUGGAGAACGCCGAGAAUAGAAGUCCGACAAUUUACGAUUGGGUGAUUAUGAGCGCUUUGGAUCGCUAUUGAGAGGGGAACUGAGAUGUUUAAUAAUUUGCUUUCAAAUUUUAAUCAAAUUCGGCAUAGGCAGAGGGAUUACUUUUUCUGUACACACGGCUACGCAUCACAUAUAUGGCAUCUUGUUACUAUUAUUAUUAUGUAUAUUAUAUAGUAUAUGAAAUAUUGUAUAUGUAUAUAUGAGUACCUACAAAUAAAAUGGCUCAAACAAUGCAGGUCUUCCGCAGCUGAUUGAGUCAAAUGCUUCAUGGGAUUAUGAGGUUAAAAGGAGUAGAAAGCAGCUUCUCUAUGUUUGUAUAUAUCGUUUUGUUUUUAUUUUUCCAAGUUUUUGGCUGUUGUAAAUAUGAAUUCUGCUCCAUAAACUUUCUAACAAUGCAACUCAAUGAAGCUUGAAAGUCUGUGUU